AUGGUCAAUCCAGGACGCUCCGUCGCUACAGACGACGAACCACUGCAGAACGCUCUGCUGGGGGAUGUUGAGCCUCCUUUGGCCCGGAACGUCUCUCCGAGUACGAUCGACGCAUGCUCUGUAGCUUCGGCGUACGGCCUCUCGGGCGAGAUUAAUCAAGAUCCUGGGUUCAGUAUUCGAGGGCAAUCGCAAUCUCAACUCUAUGACAGCUCGACGUCGCCUUUGGCGGGUCGUUCGAAAAAAGUGCAUGAAGAAACCUGGGGCGUGGGUAACGACGGAUCGGAUGUCGCUCAUCCCCUCAUCCACAUUCUGCAAGACCACAAAAGCCAUGCCGAAACGACGUUCGAAACUUCCGAUGGAAACUCGGACAGUGAAGAAGUCCUGAAAGAAACCUCGACGCAAUCAUCGUUUCGCCGAGUAUUAUGGACUCCUCCUUGGCUGCGCAAGAUCUCUCUACUCGGAUUCGUCUCUCUAUUCACUGUCCUCUGGAUUGCGCUGGUGGUCCUCGCCCAAUAUGACGUUGAAAACUCGGGAUUCGUUAUCCAGGCAUCAGCAAGUCGGUUCUCCUGGACAUAUGGUCCCACUGCCGUUUUCGUCGCCAUCACGGGUCUCUGGAAGCAGGUCGACUACCAUAGCAAAAUGCAUGAGCCGUGGCAGCAAAUGGCCAAAGGUCCGAGUCCGGCAUCCAACAGCCUCUUGCUCGACUAUGUCUCCCCAAUCCUCCCGACAGGGCUGACUAGAUCUUUUCGGAAUCGACACUGGACAGUGGCAGCGGCAAUCACGGGAUCCGCUGUUCUGGGCCUUGCCACCUUGUUGUCGACGACUUUGAUGGUGCCUGUAGCUACCAGAAUUUCAGGACCGGUUCCAGUCCAACUUAAUUCAGCUUUUGAUGGCUCGGCUUUCUGGAAGACUACGGCGUGGACUUUGAGCAACAGGACGGUAUCCACUGUUGCGGGACAGUUUACAUACUCGGAUCAUUCCUUCAGCAACAUUUCUGCCAUCUCGGCUACCCAGUAUCUGCAGCUGCUCCAAGGUCAGAUUUCGGAGCCUGUCGGAACUCAGGAAGGAGUUGUCUUUCAGGACAUUUCCAUCUCCAAGACGCCGGAAAUCAGAGAUGUUGAACAGAUUUCCACUGUCGUCGACUCUAUCAUCCCGAAUAUAACGUGCGAAGAAGUGGAUAUCACUGUUUUUGAUGAGAUGGAUGGAAAUAUCACCCAAUUCAGCGGAACGGUGGAAGUCCACAUACCCUCGUGUGGAAAUCCAAGAAUCGAGCUCAGCAUUUGUGCUGAUGGAACUGACCAAUGUGUUAGAAACUUGACAACAUACAACGUGUACAGGGCGUACUGCUCCGAUUCGGGGAUUCCUGACGGUUUCCAAACCGAAGCUCGUCUGCUCCUCAUGGCAAGCAACAUUACCCAAGGGGACAAACCCGGAAGCCAAUACUAUGACUUUGAUCAUACAACACGGGUGGCCAACAUGACGGCAAUAUCAUGUCAAGUCGCCUACAUGAUGGCAAAGAACACAGUCACUACAGACUUUGAAAAGAACGAAACCCAGCUUCACCUAUCAGAAUCACCCAACACUGGAAGGAGACUCCCCAAUUUAUCAGACCGCCAACUUGUUGAGUUGCUGUACUCUGUUCUCGUUGCAGCGGACGCAGAAAUGGAUGGACCUCGGCGCGACUUUGGCAACGACGCACGGAAGUAUACUUGGGGCAACAGUACAGCAGGUUCCGCCGGUGCGUUUGAACUGAUGAGCCAUACAAUCCAAGACGCCUCGGCCGGAUACUUCAGGUUCUUUGACGUGGAAACCAUGGCCACGUCAGCAACGACUGUCCUCACCCAGCUGGCGGUCCUGUUCUUGAAAGAUUCUUUCCUAGUUGGACCGAGUGAGACAGUUUCUGCCCAGGGCACAUAUACACAGGAGAGGCUUCGAUUUAGGCCGCUUUCAUUGUGGAUUGUGGUCGUGUGCCUCAUUGUGCUUGGUCUCCUGGCACUGAGCAUCAUUUUUACGUUCAGCCCGUCUGUCUCUCAGGACCCCAGCCUGCUUGCUUCAUAUGCUGCCAUUCUCGCUCGAAGUGCGUCUGUGGACACCAUUCUGGCCCCCCUUGGAGAGUGCCGAACAAGUCAGAUAUCGUACGAACUAGUCGGACACAGAUUCUCUACAGAAUUUGACGGCUCAACGUUCAAAAUCCAACCUCACGAGGUCAUUCGGGCCCAUGAGGGACUCAUACCUGAGCCCAAACGGAAGCAACACAGCUGGAUUCCGAUGACGGCUCGUACCUAUUUUAUGGUAGCCGCGUUCAUACUGCCAAUGGUCACAAUCAUUGCACUCGAGAUAGCGUAUCGUCAAGCAGUCGAACAUGACGGAUUCGCAAUGCAAAAUACGUUUUGGACGUUGUAUGGAACCCAGUACAGCUCGGCACUCGUCAUGCUAGCCAUUGCCAAUAUUUUUCACAGUCUCGACUUCACCAUUACCACGUUUUCUACCUUCAGCUUGAUGCGGUCUCGGGCUGUACCAUCACACCAAGGAAUCACGAGCAACCCCAUGCGGGAGAUCAAACCAGUCGCCUUACUGAAGGCUCUUCGACGCGGCCACAUUGGUCUAUCCUCUUCCACUCUCGCCGCAUUGAUUGGAAGCUUUCUCACGAUUAUCGUUUCAAACCUGUGGGUUGAAAUAGUGUUUACUACGAAGACCAACUUCAAGACCCAGCUCACAACGACUUGGAAUCUUGAGUGGGCCAAUAGCGCUGUUGAUGAUGGCGGUGCAGUGACGAUUCUAGAGAAUGUCCGACUAAACAAGACCCAGAGCCCUGAUUCGGCCGUUUGGGGUGAUUUGGUCUUUCCACUCUUCGACGCCAUUGCGCCACGGGAUGACCAGCACGGCGCAUUGAAUCUGGGCAUAUCAAGCCAGAAACUGAACAUUAGCAUCGAGGUGCCCUCGUUACGACCCAAACUGGUUUGCCACGAUGCAGCUAAAGUGGAUAAGGCGGAGUCUAGCUCUGGGACUAGCAUGGAUACAACCAUUACUGCCACUGAUCCUCUUCCACAGGCUUGUAUUGCAGGCGUGAAUGGUCGAGACAAGAAUGUAUCAUUCGAGGGCACAGGAGAUGCAACAGACGGGUUCAUGGCUUUGCUGUUUGACCUUGACAUUGGAAAUACGGUCAGCAAGCAUUGCUCCCCUUGCGAAACGACUCCAGAUUCAACACGUCCGGAUAACCCAAUGGGUUGCCCAUCUCUCGGCAUCUUCUUCGGAGAACACGCUCUGGUGUGCGCACAGGUUAUUCAACAGGUCCAAGUCGGGUUGGAGUUCACGUCCUCCAUCGGAAAAAAUGGCGAAGUCGUCUUUCACAGAAGCAGUCUCACAUCGACGCCGACUCCUAUCGAGUCGACUGCAGUUAAUCUGACACGAGGCGACUCUAACCUUGACCUCUUUCCCUACCGCAUCCAACCACAUUUUGAUCAAAAUCUCACGAAUCCUGUAUCCGAUGACGCAGCCGAUCCAUUCUUUAGGUACAUCCUCUCCGGAACCACAGGGAUCAGCAGAGGCGAUUUGGUGAAGAACACGGACCAAUUGAUCGAUGCCAUAAACGGGCUCUACACCAAGUUCAUGGUCCAAGUCAUGGACUCGAACAUCUUCCGGAGGCCUGUCGUCCCUUCAACCCCGGCGAGCCAACAAGACCAGCGAGGAUUUGUGAACGGCACAGUUUCGAUGGAAGAGUCCCGGCUGACGAUGAACUACAUCCCCAAACUCAUUCUCCAGAUCUUUUUGGGUGCCAUGAUGAUCUUUGGGCUGGCGGCCUACAUCCUCGUUGAUCUCAAAGGCACUCUUCCCCGAAGCCCUCAUUCGAUAGCGAGCGGCAUGGCCUUGUUCGCGGGGAGCGAGUUGUGUAGCAUUCACAUUCCGGAAAACGCCGAGUGGAUGGACAAGCGACAGCUCGACCGACUCUUUGAAGGAUACGCAUUUGCCUUGGGAUGGUGGAGUCGCAGCGCAACGGAAGCAGAUGCGCGCAGCAUUGACAGUUUACUGGAUGCUCCGGUUGCCGACGAGAGAUUCGGAAUUGACGUUGGUACGCCCGAGAGGUUGGGAUUUCAAGUGAAGGGGAACACAACUGGGAGGCGGUGGUCAAAAUGGAGUGCAUUAUAG